GAAGACGCAGAACGACCACAGAAUUAGACUUGAAGGACAACUCACCAUCUAGAAUUGACUGAAUUGAGUCAAGUUUUCUACCAAACAGACUAGGCUAGGCCCUGUGGACCGUGGAAAUUCGUCAGUUUGACAUCAUUGGAAACGUACUGCAUAUCAUUAUCCGAUUGGCUUUGUGUUUUAAUAAUAUUGCAGCGUGUGCAUCUAUAAUGAUUAAUGUGUGUAGCAGAUGUGUUGCCAUCCUCGCUCGAGGCUCUUGCUCACUCUAAGUCUAGGCCUACGCAAGCCGGGCAUCCGAACUAGGGGACGAACUAGAUAUAGAUCUAGAGAUAUCUAGAUCUAGAUCUAGCAAAAGUUUGGCCUUCGCUACCCUUCCCUACCAACUGGCAGAGUCACGGCUCACACAAUUCCAUUCCAGUCGAUUGACAACGCUCGAGGGAAUUUGAUGAAGUUGUAACUGAUGUGUUGAUCUACUGCAUUUUUUAAUUGUCAAAGCGGUUGUCUGCAGGUGCAAAACGUUUCCGAUGAAGGGUCUGUCUCAUCUGCUGCUCUGUGUGAGAAGCUCCACAUGUGCGAGAGUGGCGUCCAACCUGAGUCAGUUUGAGAAGGUGGCUCUCGGAUCUGUCAGUGCUGCUACUUCAUUCCAGACAAGGGGUGGACAUCUCCAAGAUGGCUGUGGAGAACAAGGCUCUGAAUCUGGGUCAAGGUUUCCCUGACUUCAUGGCUCCGGCAGACAUUGUCAACUGUUUGAAGGAAGUGGUCAGCAGCUCUGAUCUCAUGACUCACCAGUAUGCCCGCAGUUUUGGUUUACCACGCCUGGUGAAUGCCCUCGCCAAGAUCUACGAGCCACACCUCGGCCGUCCAGUAGACCCUAUGACAGAAGUUCUGGUGACCGUCGGGGCCUACGGCUCCCUCUACUGCGUCAUACAGGGGCUCGUCAACCCGGGAGACGAAGUGAUCAUCAUUGAGCCGUUCUUCGACUGUUACAAGCCCAUGGUCACCGGUGCCGGUGGUGUCCCUGUGUUUGUGCCCCUCAGACCCAGCAAAGAAGGCACUGUGACAUCCAGCGGAGACUGGAAGCUUGACCCAGAGGAGCUGGCCUCCAAGUUCAACGAGAAGACAAAGCUGAUCAUUGUGAAUACACCCAACAACCCUCUGGGGAAGGUGUUCACGAGGGAUGAGUUGACUAUGAUCGCUGACCUGUGUAAGAAACACGACGUGGCCUGUGUCGCUGACGAAGUGUACGAGUGGAUGCUGUACGACGGGAACAAACACAUCAAGAUGGGAAGCUGUGGCGAGAGGUCUAGAGUUGGAGAUGUCCAGAGUUGGCUCCCCUGACAGCUACCUCACCUCUCUCUCGGAGGAGUUACGGCCCAAACGAGACUUUUUGGCCGGCCAGCUGGAGGCAGCUGGGAUGAGGCCAGUGGUGCCAGAGGGUGGCUACUUCAUGUUGGCAGACUACUCCAACAUCAGAGGACUCUACUCUGGAGAAGGCGAGCAAAAUCCUGCAAGGGUUCAAAGGUUGACAUCAAGGUCAUUCAGUCAUCUUUUGUUGAGUGUUAUCAGACAUCCUGAUAUUUAUUAUCUCACCUUGUUUCAACUGACUCCUUAUUUAUAGAGAGAGCAAUAUAUAAAUAUUAUAUAUACAAGUUUGUUUGGGUUUUUUUUCGAUAAGGAAGCUGUACAUGUGGAUCUUGUACUGCUCCCAUGUUCGUAAUAUGCAAACAAAAUGUUUUGUUAUAAGUUUUAAAUUGUUCUAUUAGAUCUGAAGUAGGACAAAAAUGCUCAAUUUUGUUACCAGAUUUUACAGGGCUUUAAGUGCAACGACUGUUGUAGUGGGAGAUGCCUGAAAUCAUUGUUUGAUCUUGGAAGAAAAAUUAUUCAGAAGUUUUUAAAUGUGUGAACCAGGGUUGCUUUACAAUGUGUUGUACUUUUUGAAAAAUACAGUUCAGUUUUGCGUUUUAUGAACCCACCAUGUUUUUUUUUAGGGAAUUUAUUAUUCUGUUUUUCUUCACUUUGUAUUUACCAAGCAUAUUUAUUAUAGGAAGUUACAAUUCAGUUUUUCUUUGUAUGAAUCUAGAAUGUUUGUGACAAACAGUUUCUAUGCAGUUUAUUUUUUUGUGUAUGUGAACAAAGCAUGCUUAUAAUGAGAAAAAAAAAGUGUUUUGAAUUCCAAGUUUUUAUGUAAAUAUAAUAUUAAUGUUUUCCCCUACAGGGGCAACCUUACUAAUUGGGCUCCGACUGACCUGCAUGAAUGGACAAACAUCUUUUUCACUCUUUACCAAAUUGUGGCUAGUGUGGAAUAUGAUACUCAUAGUUCCCAGUAUGUAUUAGUAGUAUUACAUUUCGUUUCAGUCAUCAGGGAUAAGCCGUUUAUUCCCUUUAUUUUCUUGGUAGCAUCAUUAUAUUUAUUCAUUCUGAACAACAAAAAGUCUGUCAAGCAGAUCAUAUAUGAAUGUCAUGUUGCGACCACGUAAGUUGAGAGAUGUGUUAUGAAGAAUACAGAAAUUGUGCUGGAGAAAUUUCUAGUUGAUGUCACCUUGUUGUCAUCUUGUUGCUGUCGCCUUGUUGCAAUGUUAUGUAUCUGGGGAUGGAAGUGUGAAUUACAUUAGGCUGGGCAGUUGGUUGGAGGGUGUCACUGGUAUACUUCCUUUCUCUCUCUCUGUCAUUUCUGUCUGUGGUUAGUUGAAGGAUGUCAGUUGUAGGUCCUACUUCUCUUUGCUCCCUUGGUCGUUUCUGUCAGUGUGUACGGUUGGAGGGUGAUACUGGUAGUAGGCCUACCUACUUUUUUUUUUUCUUACACUUUUGUUGUUUAUGUCUGUCUUUGUUAAGUGGUUCGAAGAUUCUAAAGGUAGUUGGUAGGUCUUACUUUUUGUCUUUCCCUCAUGUUGUUUCUGUCUGGUUUUACUUUUUCUCAGCACUGGAAGACUGUUAUUGUAUCAAUAUAAUAUGUGUCUCUUUUCUCAAACUGAACUGAACCAGUCGUACAGAAAAUUUUGUCUGUCAGAGUCGGACUGUUCUAUGUUCAAUACCACAGAAUGCUCUGUCUCCAAUAUAUUGUCUGCUUCAGAUAGAACAUUUUGACUGUCAGAGCCAGAGCGUUCUAUUUUCAAUGUCUUUAUAUGGUACUGUUCUUCAGAUAGAAGGUUUUUGACUCUGCCUGUCAGUCUGGCAAGUAUCCCCAGGUGUUGUGAGUGUGCUGGGUCAGGGAUUAUUGGGUUAUCUUAUGGACAUGACCAUUAUACCUUGUGUCCUGUUGCCAUAGCAAACUGAUGAUAUUACUGUAUCCUCUGGGGGUGGGGGGCGGGGUGUAUGAGAAAAUGUGUUAUCUCCAGAAUUAAGAUGUCAAGCUUUUUCCUCUAAAAGGAAUCUAACAUAAAAUUUUCACUGUUUUAGUGAAAAUAUUUUGUUUUAAAAUGUGCCUUGUUGCCUUCAUGAACUGUUUGAAUAUAUCGGUAACAAAGUAAUACAGUAAAUAUUUGAAUAUUGCCAAUCGGAGAGUUUUUGGGACACAACCUUAUGUUAUUCAGUGGCUCUUUAGUACUGGUGUAGUUACUUGUUAUUGUGAUAAACAGUUAGUUUGCAACAUGUGAUUGUGAAGGGUUUUUUGACAAAAUGGCUCAUCUCCAAUAUUUGGACUUACACAUUUUUUUCCACUUUGGUUAACAGCGACAUAUUUAGUUUUUCCUGCUGAAAAAUACAAUGUAUUUUUGCACAAAUGUAUAGCUGCAACAGAUAAAUUUUUACCAUGCUUUGAUUGAGGUUUUUUUCUCUACCUCCACAUCAUGCAGAUCAUGGGUCAAAUCAUUAGCUAAUCAAUGGUUACCAUGACAAGGCACGAACUGUGUUGUUAUAAAUAUAAUCAAUGGUUACCGUGACAACAUAAAAGGAUGUUGCUAUAAUCAAGGUUACUUUGACUACGUAAAUACUGAGUUGUUAUAAAUAUAAGCAUUGGUUACCGUGACAACAUAAAUACAUGUUUUUGCUUUAAUUAACUGUCACAAUGACAAUGCAUACGGUGUAGCUAUAAUCAAGGAAGGGUUACCGUGACAACAUUACAUACUGUGUUGCUUUUAUCUAGGGUUACCGUGACAACGUAAACACUGUGUUGUUAUAAUCAAGGGUUGCCGUGACAAUGUACACACUGUUGCUAUAACCAUAAUCAAGGGUUGCCGUGACAACGUUACCUACAGUGUUGCUUUAUUCAAGGGUUGCCGUGACAACAUUUUAUUACUGUGUUGCUGGACUCGGUGCCAUUGUUGCAAAGUGUGCCAUGAAUGUUAAUUACAUGUUGUUGAUGGAUGUUUGUGUCAAUCUCUGGACAAAUGUGAUGUCUUUUUUGUCUCUUCCCUGGUUUUGUUGUUCAAAACUCGGUGCCAGUAUCGGAAUAAAAAAAAAGUUUGCAAAGA